CAGUCGGUGACAGCGGCGGCGGCGCACGCGCAUCUCGUGCUGGCAUCGGAUAUCUAGAAACGAUUUCAUUUCAAAAGCAAUACGAUCGCAGAUAAUUAACGCCCCUUUGACGCCAGUCGUAGGGUGAAGUGAUUCGGCGCAUGUCGCGUUGCAAAAGUGUCCUGAUAAACUGUUUUUCGCGAUAAAAUAUUACCAUGAAGGAGACAAUUAUUUUACUAUUUUCUUUGAUCGGAUUGGCUCUUUCGACCAAUCCCUGCUGUGUCAACGAUGAGAUUAUUCGGCCACGAGGGUUCUGUGGGAACGCCACUUCGAAGAUCAACAUGCAUUGCACCCUCGGACACAUGCUGCUCAAAGACGUCAUCUUAAAUGGCUACAAAGUGUCCACGCAGGAUUCUCCAAGCUAUGUGUUUGUAGAGGAUCCUAGUUUAUACUGUCUUGGCAAAAUGUAUAAGAAUACCAGUGAUCCCAAUCUGGGCACAAUUCCAGUGGCGGUUGUGUGCUUCGAGGAGAUCAAAUCGAGAAGCAAUAACAUCGAGACGGGAGGGGUCCUUACGCUUAUUUCUGUAUUAUUCCUCCUCGCCACAUUCGCGGUUUACAUGUAUAUGCCGCAAAUGAGGGAUCUCCAGGGCGUGUGUUAUAUGUGCAUGUGUGCCAGCAUGGCCCUUGGAUUCUUAUCGCUGGGAGUUUUACAACUCAGUCCAGGGUUCAGUGGCGAAAUAUGCACUAUAUCAGGUUUUCUCGUCUACUUCUGGAUGAUGGCUACAUUCUUCUGGAUGAAUGUGAUAAGCAUAAACAUGUACAGAACUGUAGAAGAUGCGAGUUAUUUAAAGAAAACUGAGAAGAAACAAUAUUUCAUAUACAAUUGCUAUGCCUGGGGCUGCACGAUUUUCUUCCUGAUCGUUGCACUCAUUACAAACUUCGCGGAGGGUAAUCACUACAAGCCAGGCAUCGGCGACAACAGUUGCUGGUUCAACGGUCGUACUGAAACAUGGAUAUUUUUCUACGGUCCGAUAGCCAUUCUUAUUGCAGUGAAUGUUAUCCUAUUUGUUAUGUCAUCGAUUAGUUUAUGGAGGCACACCAGAAAAUACGAAGUGAACAAGCUAAAUAAUCUUAAGCACAAGUUCCUCGUUUCCCUUAAACUUUUCCUCGUUAUGGGAAUAUCUUGGAUUUUUGAAAUUGCCAGCUUUGCACACGGUGCAGAACACAUUAUUUGGAAAAUAAUGGACACGUUUAAUUGCCUCCAAGGAGUGGUAAUAUUUUUGAUAUUGGUGGUGUUCAGAAGGCGAGCCAUACAAGGAUUGGCUAGCGAGAACUGCUGCUUGUGCAUAACCCGCCCAUUAGCCGAAAAACUAAGUCCCCACGACGAUAAUGAUGACCAGCAAAUUCUAGCCGAUGAUACUGUAGAAGUCAGGCUCAAUUAAAAGAAGGACUUAGAAAUAUUAAAUAUAGAAUCUUAUUUUUUUAAUUUAAUUUCUUGCCAGGAUUCAGCUGGUAUAAAACAGAUAAUAUAAUUUAUUAGCUCAGUGCAAUACUCAGUAUGUAAAAUAUUGUAAAAU